AUGUUUGCUUCCAUUCGCCUCGCAUCUCUCCCAAAGGGACCCUCCAUGGCCCGACACUUCAGCUACACCUCUGCAGCCCGUGCAGCCGAGGUCAAGUCGUUGGGUGUUAUCGGUGCGGGUCAGAUGGGUCUCGGAAUUGCUCUUGUUGCUGCUCAGAAGGCACAAGUCCCUGUCACACUUGUCGACAGCUCACAGGCCUCCUUGGAUAAGGGCCUCAAGUUUGCCGACAAGCUUCUUGAGAAGGAUGUCGCUAAGCAACGUCUUACACGAGACGCUGCUGAUGCGGCCCGAGCCCUUCUAAUCCCAACUGUCAAGAUAGAUGACCUGUCUUCCGUUGACUUUGUCAUUGAAGCGGUGCCAGAGAUCCCAGAUCUCAAAACCAAGAUCUUCUCCAGCUUAGCGCAGAUUGCACCUAAGCAUGCCAUCCUUGCUACAAACACCUCAUCUAUCUCCAUCACUAAGAUCGCUGCUGCCACCAGCACAGACCCUACAGACCUCCAGGCUUCCUCCCGGGUGAUCUCCACUCACUUCAUGAACCCUGUGCCGAUCCAGAAGGGCGUUGAGAUUAUCCGUGGUCUUCAGACCUCACAAGAGACCAUGGACACAGCCAUUGCCUUCGUCGAGCGGAUGGGCAAGGUCGCCUCUGUGUCCGCCGACUCUCCUGGAUUCCUGGCUAACCGCAUCCUCAUGCCAUACCUCAAUGAGGCUGUGAUCUGUCUCGAGACCGGUGUCGGUGGUCGUGAAGAUAUCGACAACAUCAUGAAGACUGGCACCAACGUGCCCAUGGGCCCCCUUGUUCUCGCUGACUUCAUCGGCCUGGACACGUGCCUCGCUAUUAUGAACGUUCUGCACCAAGAGACCGGCGAUAGUAAGUACAGACCCGCUGGUCUUCUACGCCGCAUGGUGGAUGCUGGUUGGCUGGGCAGGAAGAGCGGCAAGGGCUUCUACGACUAUUAA